AUGGAUAUUCUAAGUCGCACAAAUGCAUAUCGCAGAAAUUUUGAACCUAAUACUCAAAUACAGGGUAGUACGUCCUACAAAUAUCGAAAUAUAAUUCGACCAUACUUACAUCAGCAUAACAUUCUAAAGCAGCAGGGCAUACUCAGAUCCGGCUCCUUUGAGAAACCUCCACCUCCUAAGAGUCAGUUACGACGAACACACUCAUUCAAACAUACAGGUCAAGGAAUGCUCCACUUAUCAAAUAAACCAAUCGACUACAUCUAUGUUGAUGAUCCAAAUGAAUUGGUUGGUCGUUUACGUCUGUUGUUAGCUUCACAGUAUGCUGAUUGGCGUGGUGAUGAGAUACUAGGUGGAUUUUAUGCUGAAGAGCUUCAAAAAGUCAAGUAUCCAAACAUCUAUCUUGUGGAGAAAGUGGUUCGACGUAAAGGCAGUAAAGUGCUAGUCAAGUACUUAGGACUGGAUAGCAGCUAUAAUUCGUGGAUUAACAAAAGUAAUUUACUUGUAUGA